UCUACAAAUGUCUAUUCUGUAAGCUUGAAUCUUUAAUCAGUUACUUUCUUCAGUGAAGAUUACAGGUUACUGUGUUGGUGGUAGUGUACUCAGGGUAGUCCAGCAGCUGAAAUUGGUUACCUUGUGGCGCUAUCAGUUAAGCACCGAGAAACAAAGCUAAGAAGAUCAAUGGAGGUGAUAAAUAGAUACAUAACAAUCAAGAAUCAUAUAGAUGGUGUCCCGAAGGAAUCUGAUUUCGAACUCAAGGCUGCACCUCUUGUUCUAUCAGUCAAGCCCGGGUCUAACGACAUUAUUGUCAAGAAUCUCUAUGUAUCUAUAGAUCCCUACCAGAUAAAUCGCAUGAAGUGUCAGAGCUCCACCCAGAAACAUGUAGAUAUUGCAGGAGCCAUAAUUCCUGGUGUGGCUAUUGAAGCUUAUGGAGUCGGAAAAGUUGUGGAUUCUGGGAAUCCUGAAUAUGAGAAGGGUGACUUGAUAGUAGGGUUUAUUGAAUGGGCAGAGUAUAGUGUGGUAAAAGCCGGUGGAACUACAUGGAAGUUGGAGACUAUUGGAUUUCCAGUCUCUCACCAUGUUGGAAUCCUAGGAAUUAAUAGUGGAUUGGCAGCCUAUGUUGGGUUUUUCAAAAUAUGUAAACCCAAGAAAGGUGAGAGAGUUUUUAUAUCCGCGGCCUCUGGAUCUGUUGGAAAUCUGGUAGGACAGUAUGCGAAAUCGCUGGGAUGUUAUGUUGUUGGUUCUGUUGGAAGCGGGGAAAAGGUAGCAUUGGUGAAAGAGAGACUUGGUUUUGAUGAUGCUUUCAACUACAAAGAAGAAGCAGACUUGAAGUCUGCUCUCAAGAGGUAUUUUCCUGAAGGAAUUGACAUAUAUUUUGACAAUGUGGGUGGUGAAAUGCAAGAAGCAGCAGUCGCUAACAUGAAUCCAUUUGGGAGAGUGGCUGCUUGCGGAGUGAUCUCCGAGUAUACAGAUGCUGGAAGAAAAGCUGCUCCUGAUAUGAUAGAUAUUGUGUACAAAAGAAUCAGAGUGCAAGAUUUCUUAUCGAUUGAUCAUAUGAAUAUGUAUGAACAGUUCCUUUCAAGAACAUGUGAACUCCUGCACAGUUGUAAGAUUCAGCCACUUGAAGACAUUUCAGAUGGGAUUGAGAACAUACCCUUUGCUUUCGUCGGACUGUUUUUAGGUCAUAACAUUGGAAAGAAGAUUGUUCGAAUUGCAGAAAGUGAAUAGGAAGGAAACCCAUAUAGUUUAAUUGAUGGGUAGUUUGAAAUGAAUAAAGACAGGAUUUUGUUAUUGCGAUGAGCAGUAGGUGUUAUUAUUCAUAGCAAAUUCAUUAUCAUUUUGAUGACUUUAUAUUGUGUUGAUCGACUU